CGAUCGGGAUAGAAGAAUCGAUCGGACAUCAUGCCGAGAUAUCGAGCCAUCGGCAUUUUCGCCUUGCUGGCGCUCCUCUGCGUUCACGCACAAGCCGCAGAGGCCAGAUCGAAACGUAAUCCCCAUGGAUCCUACGACGGGAGUAAUUUCGUGAAAUCUCUCGCUGGCCUCGGUGGAUUGGGAGGUGGAUUGGGAGGUGGAUUUGGCGGAGGAUUUGGCGGAGGAUUCGGCGGCGGUGGCGGCGGCGGCGGCGGAGGUGGUGGCGGCGGAUUUGGCAGUGGCGGAGGAUUUGGUAGCGGUGGCGGUUUCGGUGGUGGCGGUUCUAAGGGAGGAGCCGGCUGUCAGACUGGCGGUUGCGGAGGUGGCGGCGGUCCUGGAGGAUAUGGUGGUUCAGGAUCUGGUGCUGGCGGACACGCUGGUUCGGGAGGAGGUGGUUGUCAAACGGGAAGUUGCGGACGCCCUGGAAGUGGCGGUCCUGGAGGAUAUGGUGGAGGCUUAGGAUCUGGCGGAGGUGCUGGAGGAUUCGGUGGUUCAGGAGCUGGCGGAGGUGCUGGAGGAUUCGGUGGUUCAGGAGCUGGCGGAGGUGCUGGAGGAUACGGUGGUUCAGGAGCUGGCGGAGGUGCUGGAGGAUACGGUGGUUCAGGAGCUGGCGGAGGUGCUGGAGGAUUCGGUGGCCCGGGAGCAGGUGGUUGUCACGGUGGAAGUUGUGGAGGUCCUGGAGCUGGCGGGCCCGGAGGAUUCGGUGGUCCAGGAGCAGGUGGUUGUCGCGGUGGAAGUUGUGGUGGUCCUGGAGGUGGCGGGCCCGGAGGAUUCGGUGGUCCUGGAGCAGGUGGCGGCUCCGGAGCCGGAGGGUACGGAGGAUCCAGUGCUGGAAGUCAUGCGGGAUCCGCUGCAGUAAUAAAAACCGGCGCUAGCAGUGGUGCUGGUGGAUAUGGUGGUGUGGGCGUUGGACCUGGUGGCCACGGUGCACCUGGUGCCGGAGGUGGACCUGGUGGAUACGGUGGAGCUGGUGCCGGAGGUGGAGCUGGUGGAUACGGUGGAGCUGGUGCCGGAGGUGGAGCUGGUGGAUACGGUGGAGCUGGUGCCGGAGGUGGAGCUGGUGGAUACGGUGGAGCUGGUGCCGGAGGUGGAGCUGGUGGAUACGGUGGAGCUGGUGCCGGAGGUGGAGCUGGUGGAUACGGUGGAGCUGGUGCCGGAGGUGGAGCUGGUGGAUACGGUGGUGCAGGUAGUGGAGCUGGAGCUGGUGGAUACGGCGGUGCAGGUAGCAAAGCUGGAGCUGGUGGAUUCGGAGGAGCAGGAGCUGGUGGAUACGGCGGCGCGGGUGGUGGUGCCGGGGCAGGUGGAUAUGGUGGAGCAGGAGCCGGAGGUGGAGCUGGUGGAUACGGUAGCGCAGGUGGCAAAGCUGGAGCUGGUGGAUUCGGAGGAGCUGGAGGUGGUGCUGGUGGAUACGGCGGAGCAGGAGCUGGUGGAUAUGGAGGUGCAGGAGCUGGAGGUGGAGCUGGUGGAUACGGUAGCGCAGGUGGCAAAGCUGGAGCUGGUGGAUUCGGAGGAGCUGGAGGUGGCGCUAGUGGAUACGGAGGUGCAGGAGCUGGAGGUGGCGCUGGUGGACACGGUGGAGCAGGAGCUGGAGGUGGCGCUGGUGGAUACGGUGGAGCAGGAGCUGGAGGUGGAGCUGGUGGAUUAGGUAGCGGAGGAGCAGAUGGCAAAGGUGGUUACGGUGGUUACGGAGGAUCAGGCGCUAGCUCCAGCGCCAGCGCCAACGCCAACGCCAAUGCUUUCGCAAGCGCCAGCGCUAGCGCUAACGCUAACGCUCUUGCUGGUUCAAAUGCGUAUGCAUCUGCUAGUGCAAACGCAAACGCUGGCUCCGGAGGUCCUGGAGGAGGAUUCGGCGGUCUCGGCGGUCUCGGUGGUCCCGGUGGGCACGGAUACGAUAUCUUCUCCCGCUCGGGCGACAUCGACGAGGGAGUGAGUAAGAGCGGCACCGUGGAUAAGGCCAAAGGUGUCUACAGCAGCAGCGGAGCCAGUCUCGACUCUUCUGGAAAAGGAACGUACAAAGUAUCGGCUGGAAAAGUGGUUUAGACGAUCUCGUCGAGGGGGGAAUAUUAUUCAAGUCCUCGCUAACACGAUAAGAGGACCAGCUGAAGUUUGAUCUGUGAUCGGACGUAAAAGAAUUUGCACGACUCAUCGGAGACUUGCCCGAAAUUCAUGGACCGUUGUUCUUAACAUUUGUUGUAUUCACGAAUGAAUAAAACGCGCGAGCGAGUCUCUUACGACUUUGAACAUUACGUAAUCUGUGCAGUUCGAAUAAACGAAUCAUUCCUAUUUA